CCCUAUCCAUUGGUUUCCUUUCAGACAUACCCCGACAGAAAUUUUUCAAGAUAUUUUCAUUUUCGUCGAACAAAUUUUCUGUUCUUCUUCUUGGUUCAGGUGAAUGUUUGUAGCUAGUAAUGUUAGUAGAGUAGGGGGGAUUUUAGUUUUAAAAAUGGAGCAUAUUGUUGGAGUUAGGAACAGUGGAGUAAUGGAAGUAGUGUCUCCAUAUCCAAUCUGGAGGUCUAAAAGAACAAAUAAAUUGAUUAUUAGAGAUAAAACCCAUUUCUGUAAUCAUUCAAUUCAUACUUCAUCUUCGGUGGUUAGAGUUAAGGCUAGUAAUGGCGGUAGUAGUAGUAGUGGGAGCAGUAGUGUGGUUGUUAAAGAAGAAGAAGGGUUUUUUGAUGAAGAAGAUUAUAUUAAAGCUGGUGGUUCUGAGAUUUUGUUUGUUCAAAUGCAACAGAAGAAACCCAUGGACAAACAUAUUCUGAUUUCUGAUAAGUUGCCCUCAAUAUCUGUUGGAGAAUCUGUACUAGAUUUGGUUAUAAUUGGUUGUGGUCCGGCUGGUCUUUCCCUGGCUGCAGAAGCAGCUAAAUUAGGCCUACAAGUCGGUCUAAUUGGACCUGAUCGACCUUUUACAAACAAUUAUGGAGUCUGGGAGGAUGAAUUCCAAGAUCUUGGGCUUGAAGGGUGUAUUGAGCAUGUUUGGAAGGAUACCAUAGUAUAUCUCGAUAGCGAUAAACCAAUCACGAUUGGCCGUGCAUAUGGAAGAGUUGAUAGGCAGUUGCUAUACGAAGAGUUGUUGAAAAGGUGUGUAGAGUCGGGGGUUUCAUACCUUGACUCUAAGGUGGAGAGAAUAGAUGAAGCGGAGGAUGGGCAUCGUCUUGUAGCUUGUGAAAGUGGGAUUGUGAUCCCUUGCAGGUAUUUUGGAUACCCUUUUGUCUUAGUUGUUAAGUGCCUGUGCUCUUCCCGACAUCUCUUUUCCUGCUGCAGGCUUGUUACUGUUGCAUCUGGAGCAGCUUCAGGGAAACUGUUGGAGUAUGAUGUAGGAGGUCCUCGUGUUUCUGUGCAGACAGCAUAUGGCUUGGAGGUUGAGGUGGAAAAUAGCCCGUAUGAUCCAGACCUAAUGGUUUUCAUGGACUAUAGAGACUACAUGAAACAAAAAGUGAAAUGCGUAGAUGAGGAAUACCCUUCAUUUCUUUAUGCCAUGCCCAUGUCACCAACAAGAGUUUUCUUUGAGGAAACUUGUUUGGCUUCCAAAAACGCCGUUCCUUUUGAUCAACUGAAGAAGAAAUUGAUGGCGCGAUUGGACAAGAUGGGUAUUAAAAUUGCAAAAGUUCAUGAAGAAGAGUGGUCUUAUAUUCCAGUUGGUGGCGCAUUACCUAGCACAGAGCAAAAGACCCUUGCAUUUGGUGCUGCAGCCAGCAUGGUGCAUCCGGCCACAGGAUACUCAGUUGUGAGAUCAUUGUCCGAGGCUCCAAGAUUUGCGUCUGUAAUUGCAGAAAUUUUGAAGACUAAUAGUGUCUCAGAGUGGAUAGCUACUCAAGAAAAUAGUACGAUCAAUCUCUCAAGCCGAGCGUGGAACACUCUAUGGCCUAAAGAAAGGAAACGUCAAAGAUCAUUCUUUCUCUUUGGGCUAGAGCUGAUUGUGCAACUGGAUAUUGAAGGCAUAAGAACAUUCUUCCAGACUUUUUUCGGCCUACCAGACUGGAUGUGGAAAGGCUUUCUGGGAUCUUCACUCUCUUCAACUGACCUGUUACUUUUCGCCGUUUACAUGUUUGUAAUUGCACCAAACAGUAUGCGGAAGUUACUUGUAGGACAUCUACUUUCUGAUCCUACUGGAGCUUUGAUGGUAAAAACUUAUCUCUCAUAGUAACCCGUUUUGUCUAGCGUUAUCUUCAUAACCCUGUUUUUUUGCCGAUAAUUUCAUCUAUACACCUUUGUCCAUCAUCAACCUUUGAUUGUUUCAAUGAUCUGCCAGUCUGUAAAUAGUCAGAGUUUGUGUCUCAGUAAUGUACAAAUAAACCAGCUUGCAUGGCACCAUACGCAAACAUAUUAUGCAGUGUUUGUCAUUGUCACCAUAAUCACUGCCUUCGUCAAGCUUCUUCUUCGUGUGGUUAAACUGAAGCUAGCACUUCUUUUGUAAAUUAUCAUGUAAUGGAUAUGAAAAGAACUUCCAACAUUUUGAUGAAUACCAUUAUAAAUUUAUAAAAGUA